UCGUGAGUUGUACAGAAGCAGGUAGUAAUGGAAGAUCAUGUUUGAACCUAUCCAGAAAGGUUGAAAUAGUAGAGUUAUAACGGUCUUGUUGUGGGCAACUGUGCGCGCUAUUGUACCAUGAAAGAAUGGAUAUUGUUGUCCCUUGUUUUCCUGUGUGGCCUGUUGUUUGUGCAAUCAUUGCGGACUGAGCGCCUCUCGAACAUUCGCAAUUGGCAAAGGUCCCCUCUUGCCUAUCACGCUGUGCGCGAGGCGUACGCCUUCGUGUCCAAGCGCAGUGAUGGCUCUCAAAGCAGGUUCAACCUUGGACACCUAGUGAGCAGCAGGGAUGAGUGGAACGAGGAUUCGCCUGCGAGGAGUCGUUACACUGAGCACGCACAGCAUUCCCAGCAUCAUGGUGCAGCUGGUCGUGGGAAGGCAGCGAAUCACAUCGUGCGGCUGCUAGUCAUCGACUCCAUCCCCGGGAGCAUUUUGGAAAAGCACAGUGGUCCGUCGCUCCACAUAACACUAAAGCUGCAGGGAGACAUUUACAUCAGUUGCCGAUCGCCAGCCUCUGAUAUUCAAGUGACUACUGUCCACACCGGUUCUAAGAAACAAGUGAACAAUCUUCACACCAUCGUCACCUAUAAUCGAGCAGUAAACCGCCUCACAGUGGUUGUGGAAUCCAACUCCAAGAAGAAAGACAACAAUCCAGGAACGCUUUUCUCCUCCAUAUUCGGCCAGCAUUCAGACGUUACCAUCGAGCUGCCAUGUCGGCGCUUCUGGCCUGGAAAGUCCUACGUUACGUUUCAGAAACCCAAUGGAUAUGUACACAUCUCCGAAGCAAAGAAUGCAACUGUAGAUUCGGCUUCUAUGGCAACACACUGCAUUCCGAAAAGGAAAAUCAUCGUGAAAGCCCCAGCCUUUCAAAUGUGUCCGCAUAAGUGUGAGCACAGAUGCAACGCAGUAACUCGGCAAUGCGAAUGUCGCACCGGCUACGUUUCUGGCAUUGCACAUCCCGGAAGAUGCCUCCUAACUGCACUGGUGGAGAUGGAUGUACCUGGUCUCUCAGUGGAACUGAGCUACUCACUUUACAGCACGAAGAAUCUAGGCGCACUGUUCUGCCUCUCCCUUACACAACAUCUCCACAUCUCUGAUCAGGAAAUCAAAGACGUCGACAUUGGAAAGGACCGAAUCAAUAUUCUACUUGUGGAAAAGGAGGUUGCCUUCAAAAGUCGCACGUUUCAGCUGGAGAAGCUGGCAAGUAGAGUCAUCGACAUGGCCAGACGGCAGGAAAUUGUCUUUGAUCUGUUUGACUUCGACAUGCCACCUGUAACCAAUGCAAGGGAGAUCUAUCCAUCGGCUAGUGGCCGAUAUCAAAAGCCUGACGUCGAGUCCACGGCAUUGUUUGCCAUGGAGCUCAGUAAGCGAGAUGCAGUGGACGACGCUGUCCUCCAGGACAACCAGCCUUCUCUGACGAAGUCCGCACUGGAGGCAAUCCACCCAACGAAAGUGAACAUGCGAGCACUCGCCCAGGCCACUCGGAGGUCACUUAUCAACGAACUGCGUCUGUUGGUUCCAUCAUUCAACAUCGACAGCAUAAAGCUUCCCAAUCACGUAUCCUUGGCCAACAUGGACCUGAAAGUGUCCAGAGCUGAGCACACGGAGACUGGAGUCCAGCUAUGCGCUAAUGUGCCUAAGAAAUACGAAGCAAAGUUUACCGUGUCGAAGCUACAGUUGACCAAUCUCACACUGUGCAUCGAUCUCUACAUUGUGACGGACAUGUUUGUGCGACAAGUGAAAACUUCAAUGUCUACGUCCCUGGUCCUACCGUCGGCAACUCUGCAGGGGAGCAUCUCUCUUGCAAUCAACGGCACGUCCACGGCGGUGCUGCACCUGCACGCCAGGCAGCUGAAGGUUUUCGAACUUCUCACGCCAGUGCUGGGAGAGAAAGUCAGCAAGCUGCUGAGGUCGAAUGGCUUCAUGGACAUGUCGGUGGACUAUGUGUCCCUGGACUUAGUGUAUGGCCGCCAGUCACCUCUGCUUGCUAUCUUCCACAUUGAAAUCUCUAGCAUGGCAAACUUUGCUAAGGUGCUGUUCGAGAGCAGUGGCACAAUAUCUCGCAUCAGCUCCGCUAUAAAGCUGGAUAAGAUCUUCUCGAAGUUCGACAUCAAGAACAUCAAUGCAACCGUCAUCCUCAAAGCCGGGAAGGUCUCAUUCUCGUUCCUAGGCCGUCCAACCAUCCCAACACUUAGCCUGAGCACAGGCAUGGAGCUAGCCCUCGGCAAUAUUGGCGCAAUGAAGCAGUCAUUUCGCGCUCUCAAGCUCGGGAUUCCAAAAAUGAGCUUUGUCGACAUACUGAGCAUCUUUGUGCCGUCACUGAAAUCUCUGAAAUCAAUCAAAGGAAUUGGUCAACUGCAACUGCCUGAGUUUGAGUUUUCCAUGACGAGUGGUCUGCCCUUAAACUUUCCUGAUGUGAAGUUACUGGAGUUCAAUUAUCCGAACAUGUCAUUGAUGAAUCUCUUGCCAAGCAGUCCCGGAAUAAGCUUCAUUACCCAGCUGAUGCUAAAGCUCAAACGUGGCGAAAAAUCCUCGGCCAACACAACCUUGAUCGGGCAUUUCUUUGCGGGUGGCUUUUCUCUUGAGCCAUUCAAGAAGAUCAAAUUCAGGAACAUGCCGUUGUCGUUGGAGUUGCUCGUGAACACGUUCUUUCCGACAUUCAACAUUUCAUCUGUGCGACUUCCGUCGUCUCUAGGCGGAUUUCUGAAAGCAUCCAUCCAGCGCUUUGCGAUCGACUCGAAGGCAAAGCUCGCAAGUUUCACUGCCAACAUUGGUGCUCUGAACCUGUUGAAAGGCAUAUGGCCACGGUCCAAGGCAGCCAUCAGCCGGGUUACUUUACUCUCUAUCUCCCUCGGCUACAAGUCUAAGCCAUACUCAUGGAAUUUCAAUGCUACGUGUGUUGGCUCAUUCUUCAAAAUGCCUGGUAAGGCUUUUGUUACCAAAUUUGAUCAGUCAUUUCAGUUCAAGUUCAACCUGCAAAAGCUGGGAAUCUCCAGUCUGGUGGGGCAGAUUCCUGGUGUACAACAUCUCACAUCUCUUCUGAAACGUUUUCAAAUGUUUAGCUUGGAAAUCAAGCGCCCGACCAUCAAGCUUCUUACAAAGCCAUUGACAAUAGGGGCUGAUGGAUCGUUGUCGAUUGGCGGACUGCCGAGUAUUAGCUGCAAUAUAUACGGCACGUCACUGUUCACCAGCAAGGCUGUGUAUGUAUUCGGAAUGGAGAUGAGUAGGUCUGUCAGUUUCAGCACACUGGUGAAAGCAUUCCUGAAAAUUGAUAUCUCCGGCAUACCAUUCUUUGGCGAUUGGAAAUUGCCCAGACUCAAGCUCCUGUUGAUGCCUAAGCGACUGAAUCUCAGUGGGUUGGAGCUAUUCGACACUGGCCUAACCAGAUUGGCAGAAAUGGCAAAACCAAGCCUUCGCUCUCUGCUGGCGUCCAUCCCCAUGCACUUCCCAAAGAUCGGCCUGUAUGAUUUCCCAACAGCAAUGUGUGGCCUGCAGAUCGACUUCAAUACGGGCAAUGCAACUCUCUCAGUUACUGAUUUACUAUCAAAAAUUCUGCCCAGUGGUAAAUUGAUGACAAGACUACCGUCUAUGUUUGGGUCCCUCGACAAGCUAUACGUAAUGCGCUUUCUGCUCAAAUGGAAGAGUCGUGAAUUUGCCGUGCACGCCAAGCUUCAGAAGAGCAUCACGAUAGCGAAGAAUGUUAUUUCAAUAUCCAACAUCGACAUCCGGCUCUCUUAUAUCGGCAAAAUCUUCAACUUCUCCUUUGCAGCUGAUGCCAUGCUGAUGGACUCUCUACACCUGCGAUUGAAUGUAUCCAAGUUUGGGUCAAUGCUGGCAGGGUCGAUAUCCAGCGUUAAACCUAUCAAGAUCGGUGACCUGUUUGCAAAGUCAUCCGCCGCGCAAACGCUGUCCGCUCUCCACCUGAGUGACUUGGUCAUCAGUGACUUCCAGUGCAGUGUUCAGAUGACGUCAUCCAUGAAGUUCGAGAAGCUGUCCAUAGAUGGUAGGGCAACCAUUCCCAAUGUCGGCAGUGCAAAUAUGACAGCCUUGGUCUGGAAACAGAAUGCUACAAAGCUGUUCUUCGCGUUCUGCCUUGGCCAGACAAACGUUGCAUCACUCGCCAAGAGCUUUACUGGCCAAGAUGUAAGCUCAGUGCCACUUGUUGGAAAGCUGUCAGUUGGGAAACUAUUGGUGUACGUGGCUACAAGCGACAUGUCCCUAUCGACAGGUAGACUACAUGCCUGUGGAGCAUAUCUCAAUCAGACGAAGUUCCAGCAAGGCUUCACGUUCAGCAUGAACUUUAGCGACCAAGGACACCAGACCGAGAUCCUGCUUAGCUUUGUCGGUGGAAACCUAUUGGUAUCUGUGAAGGAGUUAUCUCUGCUGACGGUCAUUCGGAUGUUUUUCCCUUCGUUCACUGCCGCAUCAGUGCGACUUCCAAACGGUUUCCCACAGAUUGACAAGAUGACGGUGUCUCGCAUCUACUUUGACUCUCAGCGAAAGAAAGCCAGUUUUGCUGUGCACGUUGGAAGCUUCAAGCUGCCAAAGAAUAUCCUCACCUGCAAGCAUAUCAUACUUGAUCUGAAGGUCGACUACUCCCGGAAACCGACAAACUAUUCAUUCAAGGCUGGCUGUCAGGGCACAUUCCUAUCGAGUAACGUUGAUUUUGCACUUGAGAUGGCAGGGAAAACAGCACACUUUCACACAACUCUGAAGUCAAUAUCUCUUUAUGAUCUGCUGUCGCAUGGGAAGCUAGCAGACAGCAGUUUCUUGCGUUUUCUGGCCAAGUUCAACUUGCUCAACAUCACCAUGUACAACACAACUAUUGACAUGAAGACCAACCCAUCCGAAUUGGCCUUUCUUGGCCACAUCCAGCUUGGUACUGUGAAAGGCGUAACACUGGAACUGAUUGCUAAGAAUGCAUUCAACAAAGCCACACGCGUGAUGACGAUGGGACUUGUUGUACCAGAGAUAAACCUAUCUCAGAUCGUCGCAUACCUUUUCAAAAUGGCUGGCUUCUCGGCUUUCCCGUCCAUAGGGAAUGUAGUGUUAGAUGAGGUAAGAUUGCUUGCGCUGCCGACCAUGAAUCGAAGUCUGGACAAGCUGAGGUUUGUUGAUGUGAAACUCAACACAUUGCUGGGGAUUGCUGGACGAAUUCAACCAAUUUCUAAAGUCAACAACAGUGGAACUCAACAGCCCAAAGUUCCAAUGACUCCAUCCCAUACCAUGGUUACCAAUCUGCACAAUGUCAUGUUGACGCCCAGUGCUUUGCAUGCCGGCACAGUGACAGCAACGCCUCAGAUCAAACCUCAACCCGAGCCUCAACAAACUCCUCCACCUCAGAUCAAACCUCCACACAAGCCUCAACAACCUCCUCCACCUCAGAUCAAACCUCAACCCAAGCCUCAACAACCUCCUCCAUCUCAGACCACACCUCAGCACAAGCUGCAACGACCUGCUCCUACAAGUCCAGCACUAAAGACAGGACAACAGCAAGCGAGCAGAAAACCCCUGGCGUUGGGUUGGUUCGAUCGCCGCCGGCGUCGUCGAAAGAGAUCACCAAGGCUGGUGAAGGCACUUUCCAACAGCAUAGCAGGAAUGUUGAGCAUCAAAUUUCCACAUCUUCAAACUGCACUGGAUAUCUCUUCUGCCCUGUCAUCACGUAGGAUUGACUUCAAUCCAACGCCAAACACAUUGUCUAUAGCUGACCUGAUUGAAAAGUUCUUUUCAAAGUCAAUCAUGCAAUCACUCCACUUACCCGAUUUUAUGCCGGCACUGCAGAAAGUCUUCGUGAACCGAUUCUUAGUGGACUUUGCCAAGAAGCAGUUCCUGGCCAAGUUCGCUAUACCCGGAAGCAUAUCGAUGAUCAAGAAUUAUGUAACGUUAAGCAAUGUCAAAGCUGACUUGGAGUACAUCAACAAGACUUUCAACUUCAACUUCAGCGCCUCAGCGCAGGUGGCUAAAGUUGUGGAAUUCUCUGCCAGUUUCUCAAAGGUAGGACCACACUACCAACUAACUGGUAGGAUACCGGACCUACGCGUUGGAAAGAUGUUGGCUUCAAUUCCGAAGCUUGGGCACAUCUUCAAGCAAAUGGGCAUAGCUGACUUUACAAUCAAGAAAGCCGGUCUUGAUGUCAUAUGGAACGGGACGAAGAGUUCCAUCAGCUUGUUUGGUUCUCCAACCAUGACUCAUUUUGAAGCAGCAGAGACACAGGUUACUGUCCUCGACAUCGGAAAAAUGGGUAAUUCGGCGUUCUUCCUGGGAUUUGCAAUCAAGAAAGGAAAUCUGUCCACACUAGUGAAGUCACUCUCAACUGUUGACAUUUCACAGUUGCCUAGAAUGGGAUCACUACAACUUCCCGAAAUGGCUGUCUGGAUCUCCAGCAAAUCUAUGAGGAUUGGCGAUGAACUGAAGCUGUACAGUGAUAAUAAGAUCUAUAGUGGUAUGAAGAAGAUCGAGCGCGGUGCUCACUUUAUUUACAAUGCUGAUAUGGGUGGACGGACCGUCUUGAUGGCAAUGGGUGUCAGUUUGAAGAUGGUGGAUGUCCAUUUACCGGAAGGCGUUUCCCUUCAUCAAAUCCUGGCGUAUAUGGUGCCUUCAGUUACCCAGGAUUCCACCUACAAAACGUUUGAUCGACUAUUUGGGUUCAUCUUUAGGUUGCAAGUCAAGUAUGUGCUGUAUGAUGCGAAGCAGUCUCGCAGUACCAUCAUUGGGAAGAUCCCCCAGUCACUCUCUUUCUUCAAAGGCAAAAUCAAGCUCACUAAAGCAGAAUACAAUGCUUCAUUGAUCAAAAACCAUCAAUUCAGCAUGGCACUUAUUGGCGAAAUGGUCCUCUUCAAGAUACCUUUCCAGGCCGAAGUCAAAUAUUCUACCAAACACUCAGAACUUUUGUUCAAACUGGAGACAGAAAAGACUCUCAAGUUGAUUGAUUUAACCAAUGCAAUAUCUAAGAAGAUCGGACAGAACAAGUUCGUCAAGAAGCUUCAGCUCGACAGAUUCGCUAUCAAGAAGCCGUCGGCGGAAUUGAUCAAAUCUCCCGAUGGCCUCGCCACACAACUGGCCGGUCAACCCACAAUACCUCUGUUUGGCAAGUACGAUGCUGAGUUCAUUCUCACAACCAGCCCAACACUCUACGUACUGAUACUCAGCAGACACGACACGUCCUUCACCGACAUAUUUCACAGCAUGACGGGCAUCGACCUCUCCAAGCUCUUCUUCUUCCAUCUCUUCUCCGGACCGGCGGACAUUGCCCUGACCUACUCGAACGCAGGGAAGGACCAGAAGCUGCCAUUCAAGAUCAAAACCUACCCGUUUGAACAGGAAACCAAAGUGAUACCAGAAGGCUUAUGUCUCUACUUUGAAAUCGGCCUUCCGAAAUGUGGCAGUGAUAAGCUCUGCGCACUUUUCCACAAGCUGUUUGGCGACAAGAAGUUCAAAUUGGAAAUUGAAAACUUGGGACAUGAGCCGAACAUAAAGAUGGAAGCACCGAUCGGCGGUCACCUGAAAAUCGCUGGAUUUGACCUUCAUGAUAUCCGAUUUGGUGUAGAGUUUGGAACAACUUUGCAGUUUGGUCUGACUCAUGCCGAGUUGGACGUAAGCUUUGACAAGAACAACAAGUUCAAGUUUAUUGGCGAUCUGACAACGGACCCAGCAAUGAAUGUAGAAAUGUCCUUCCAGAUGGUGGGAAUGUGGCAAAAGGCCUUCGGCAUACCAUUCCUGGCAUUCGGCAACAUAAUCCUGCGUGUGCGUGUGAACGCCGACUGUCCCAUCUGCAUAUCAGCCGGUGAGUAUGGCGGUGAACUGUGGCUUGGCUAUCAUUGCCGAAUUAACGACAACAAGACAACGUGCAUAAUGGGAAGAGGAUACUUCGGUUUCGAUGCUGAGAAGCCCGAGAAGAACUACUGCUUCUUCAGCGUCAACCAGUUCAGCUACGCAAAACUACUGGCUGCAGUGGGCGUGCCAAAACUACCAGACGCAUUCGAGAAGAUCUUAAGUUACUGGGAAAUGGAGGAUGUUCUCUUUUCCUACAGUCUUCUUUUCCGUGACGUCCCACACGGUAAUACAACACAACCAAUACCAGCCGGACUUAUCUUGCGUGGGAAGUUCACAUUCUUAUGGGCUGCUAAAGUCAACAUCAAUGUGCGAGUGUAUGCGUUCAAUGGCGUUCCCACGGCCAUUUUCGGCACGGUCUGGACGAAUCCCAUCACGUUGCUAAAUUCCGUCCAUCUGACUGCAUCCAACGACACCAAGAAAGGUGCCAUCUUCUCCCUGAAGGCAGGUGUUGUACCGCCAGCAUUCCACGUCAGCCUCACUGCAAAGCUCACUAUCCCUGCGCUAAAAGUGGUCGUUAACGUGCUCGGGAACAUUACCACCAAGGGAAUAGCAUUUCAUUUUGAUGCUAAGCUGAUCAUAUUCGACGUUGUCUUGGAUCUAAGUGCCCAGUUCAAAAAGGCCCUCAACCCCAAGACAUUCCAGGGUUUCAUGAUGAAGGGAACUGUAAGGGCCACUGGUCUUAAGUUCUUGGCUGGGAAAGUCAAGGAGGCUUGUGAAACAGCACGCAGGAAGGCAGAAGAGCACCUACACAAAGUGGAGAAGGUGCUGGACACGAUCGAGAAAGCCGUUAAGUCUGCGAUAGCCAAUAAGGAGGCUGCAGAGAAGGUGAAGAAAGGACGCGAAGCUGCCGUCAAGACGGCCAAGGCAGGUGUCGACACGGCAGAGCAUGCCAUCAGCAAGCUGUGCAGCAUUCACAGCUGCAAGAAAUGUGGCGUACCGAAACUGUGCAUGAAAAAGAAAUGCUCCUGCGCCGUCAAGUACCCGUGUGGAUGGGGGAAGAUCUGCUGCAAGGAUGUCUGCGUGCCAUACCCGAGCUUUUGUGGCUCGAUGUGCCUACCCGUGGAUCCCAAGUGCUUGGCGCAAAAUGCGGUUUGCGCACCGUUACGAGGUGCGGCGUAUGCCGCCAAGAAAACCGCCGAGGGGAGCCUCGGCGCGGCCAACAAGGCACUGGAUACAGCGCAGAAGGGAUAUCUGGCAGCAGCUGCCGCCGUUGCAAAGUACAACCCCGCUCUGCUGGCAGCACGGGCCGCCGUCAAAGCGGCGAAGGAAGCCGUCAACCAAAUCCUCGGCAUACUGAAGGCGUUUUCCUUCACCGUGGACAGGAUCGCUUUCCAGAUGGCGCUGGGCGUGGCAAAGAAAGGUUUCAUGGAAGCCAAACUUGAUAUUACCGCCAGCGGUCAGAAAGCACACCUCAGCUUCCGAAUCAAUUUGAAGAAUAUCAUGGAAACGGCCUGGAUGUUGGCAAAGAAGUUCUUUACAAAGAUCUUCGACUUGCUGAAGAAACUGAAGAUAAGUAUAUAGCAGUAAAGAGGCCAAUGCUGUAGACACGACAGUAACUGCAUGGUUAUUCCAGCUUCAAAUUCUACUUGAUUAUUUAGCAUUCAAUCAACACAAGGUUCAAUUUCGCCAAACGUCUGUAAAAUCAUUGCUCGUGAAUGCAUUUAAUCUCGGCAUCUAACUGGAGCUGCCAACUGAAAAGCAUUUGCCCGGUACCUUGCUGUCUCUUCCUUGGCACCUCAAUUUCACUUUCUACAAACUUAUAAUCCGUCAAUGUCACUGUUUUGUUUCAGUUCUUCUCAGCGUUUCCAACACUGUUUUUGUUCAUACCUGCACUGGCAUUAAAUUUUGUAUCCACUGAACUCCAAGUCGCUACCUCUUUUCCACUGAA